UCGCUACAUAGACACGUGAUGAGAGUAGCCCGUAUAAGAAGACAGCGGUUACCUGUCUAAUGUAACGAAGGUAGGCCACUACGCUGGAUGCCUGACAACGCAUUGUGUACUAAACACACAGUACAGAUUUAUCAUGCCACGUUUAGAUAUACUAUACGAUCUCGAAGCUAUGGCAGUUGAAUUAACAGUAGUAUAACUAUUUCUUUCAAUACGAUACAGAAACUUGGCUAAAACGGGAACAUAGAUCCAACAACGAUGUCAUCUAAUACAACAGCGUCGGCCUUCUCAUCAGCAAGCUUAGGGACAAUAGACAUCAUCGUUAUUGUCGUCUAUCUUCUUUUCUGCCUAGCUACAGGAGUAUGGGCCACACUCAGGACGGAGCGAGGCAGUGUCAGCGGUUAUUUUCUAGCAGGACGGGAUAUGCUCUGGUUUGCGAUAGGUGCUUCACUCUUCUCCAGUAACAUUGGCAGCGGGAGUUUCGUGGGAUUGGCAGGAACAGGGGCAGCCAAUGGCAUUGCUGUUGCUAGUUACGAAUUGAAUGGACUGUUCUGCCUGCUGCUGCUGGGGUGGUUUUUCGUACCAAUCUACAUUUCUAGUGGGGUAUAUACUUUACCCGAAUACCUGAUGAGACGGUUCGGUGGACAACGCCUCCAGAUUUAUAUGUCAGUUUUAGCGCUCCUCAUAUAUGUUUUCACCAAAAUAUCUGUUGACAUGUAUGCUGGUACCAUAUUUAUACAGCAGGCAGUAGGGUGGGACCUAUACGCCGGGGUUUUCCUGCUGUUAGGGAUAUCUACCCUGUAUACCGUCUCAGGAGGACUAAAAGCUGUGAUGUACACAGACACGUUACAAACUAUCAUAAUGGUGGCCGGAUCCAUUAUUCUUAUGGUGCUUAGUUAUAUAAAAGUAGGAGGAUUGGAAAAGGUGUAUGCUGAAUAUUUGCGCGCUAUCCCGGACAAGCGGAUAAAUGGUUCUACGUGUGGAAUACCUCCUGACAACGCCUUCCAUUUACUGCGGGAUGCCUCCUCGACUGAUCUCCCUUGGCCUGGCAAUGUUUUCGGGAUCACUAUUCUGAGCGCGUGGUACUUCUGCUCUGACCAGGUUUUGGUACAAAGAACACUGGCUGCAAAGAAUAUGCAUCACGUUAAGGGUGGAUCUAUAUUGGCGGCCUACCUCAAGAUACUUCCUCUGUUUACAACUGUGUUUCCUGGAAUGAUCAGCCGGAUUCUAUUCAAAGACCAGGUGGGUUGUGUGGACCCUGUCUUGUGUAAACAGAUCUGUGACAAUGCCGCCGGGUGUACCAACAUCGCCUACCCUAAACUGGUGGUGGAGCUAAUGCCUGAAGGAUUGAAGGGUCUGAUGUUAGCCGCAAUGAUGGCGGCCCUGAUGAGCUCUUUGACCUCUGUAUUCAACAGUACCAGUACAAUAUUCACCAUGGAUAUAUGGAGACGGCUACGUCCAAGGUCCUCUGAUGGCGAGCUCUUAGUUGUAGGAAGAAUAUUCGUGCUAGUUCUCGUCGCUGUAAGUAUUCUAUGGAUCCCAAUUCUACAAGCUUCCCAAGGAGGACAACUCUUCAACUACAUUCAGUCUGUCAGUGGAUACCUUGUACCGCCGGUUCUCUCCCUUUUCCUGCUUGCAAUGCUUUGGAAACGCACAAACGAAGCUGGAGCCUUCUGGGGUUUGAUGGUAGGCCUUCUAGUUGGACUUCUCCGUCUCGGGUUAGACUUUGGUUAUGGGACGCCAGCCUGUGGAGAAGAGGAAUUCAGGCCGGCAAUCAUUGCAAAAGUUCAUUUCCUACACUUCACAAUCAUCCUGUUCUUCAUCAGUCUGUUUACCACUAUAAUUAUAUCACUUAUCACGCAGCCGAUCCACCCAAAACAUUUAGUGAGACUGACAUGGUGGACGCGAUACAGUACCAUGAAAAGAGUUCCGUUUGAGGAAGAAGAGGAGGCCAACAGGAUAUCCGAGAAGGCUAGACAAAAGAGAAUAGCAGAUCUGAGGGAUAAACCAGAAGUGGUGGUGCCCAGAUGGAAGUCUUUUUUCUACCUGAUAUGCGGGUACGAACCUCCUAAGGAGGUUCUCAGCCCCGAGGGAGAUGAAACCAAACAGAGCAUGCUGACGGACAUCAGGGAGGAGCCACGGUGGAAACGCAUCGUCAACAUCAACGCAAUUGUCCUAAUGUGUAUAGGGAUGUUCCUGUGGGGCUUUUUUGCCUAGUGCAGUCGUCCAACGUAUCAGUCAAUUUGUUAACAUGUCCGAUCUGAAUUUCAUGUAAUUUGCUACGAUUUUCCUUCAUUACGUAACGUUAGACAGUUGUCAACUCUCUGUGUAUAAGAUGAUUUAAAACUGUCUUUUUUGUUAUCUGUAACAGCUCAACAUAUCUACAAUCGUAUCGUAAUGGUGGCAUUCACAUUGGUGCUCAACUAUGUCCUGCAAUGGACAUAAACGAUGUCAACCUUAAACAUUUUUUUUUAUCCGAUUAGCAUAGACUGUGUUUAUCUCUGUUUAUAGCAGUAUAAACUACUGUAACAGGGCAGUUUUUCAUGUAGAUGUUUUCAUUAGUCAGCACAUACAGAAUUAUCUGUUGAAGAUAAUACUACACCAGCUACCAAUUUACCUGCACCUGGUCAAGCAAUGAUAUUUCAAAAUAGGAACAAUGAACAGUAUUUGUUAUUGGUAACUGAUAACUUCACUUGUUUAAUUGGGUUUUUUCCACGACAAUGCUUAAGAACAACAUAUAAAAAUAUAGGCAGAAAUGUUGGAUAUUUUCUUAUUUAUAUAUAAUAAGAUAAAUUUGUACUACAAAUCUGCCACUGUUCCUGACUGGUGAAUGAUAUUUCGCUUCAUAACUAUAUCGAUAUAUAGUCUUUAUUUUACACGUGCAGAAAUCCUGUUAAAUGCAGAAUACUAAUUGUACCAUAAACUAUCAACAUAAUUUAAUUUUUCAUACAUAUUUUGAUUGAUUAAAGCUCACCAGCGAUGUUGGAGACCACAAUGCUAGACUCCUAACAAUGGGCGAUAGAAUUGAAACAAAUGAAUAAAUCUAAUAAGUUAGUUAGAGCUGAUAAAAGCGAGCUCAGUGCUGAGCACUUAUCAUAUAAUAAUUUAAAAAUUUAAAACAGUAUAUAGAUGAAAGGACAGUUUCUACUAAUCAGAUGUAACCUUGAACUACAGUUAGAGAUCAUUGUGUAUUAUCCAUGUCUGUUGUUGUAAGGUUACUUUAACUAAGUAACUGGUAAUGUACAUGUACGACUCAAAAGAAAAUCGUUGCAUUUCUCACAAUGUGUAAUCCUAAAUUCUGCCUUUUUCGACGUUAAUUUGUUUCUGUUUUCAUUGGCAUACAUUGGCAUACAUUUUAUAAUGGUGAAACAUAACACCCGGCUAUGUUAAAUUAAAAAGAGUUCCGGUGAGAAUUAUGAACGAAGAUUCUGAUGAGACUAGUUAUAAAGAGUAUGAGGAGACCUAGUUAUAAUGUUAUGAUGAGAGUAGUUUAUGAGAAUUGUAUAGGAUUAAUCAGUUAAGCUCCUUAUAAGGUUAAAAUAAAAAGGUUCUGAUGAGACGACUUUAUUUAGAAUUGGAUAAAAGUAGUAGAUUAUCAAGAUUAAAAUUAUAGUAGUAAAAUUACAAUCGGAGUAGUAGUAAUCCGAUAAGACAGGUCCAUUUAGAUUCUAUUGUUAGAAGUUUAAUUGGAUUGUGUUUGGACAAAUUUAUUACGAUUUUGGUGAGAAAAAUGCGUUAAUAUUUUUAAAUAAAAUAUUAAGAAGAUAACAGCUAUGUAAUAAUGUAUCUGAUGAGAAUAGUAUAUUACAAGUCUGACGAGAGUAAUAUAUUACAAUUAUGAUGAGAGAAAUAUAUUACGAAUUCUGAUAAAAGUAGUAUAUAACCAUUUUGAUGAGAGUAGAAUACAACAAUUCGGAUGAGAUUAGUAUAUUAUAAUUCGGAUAAGAGUAGUAUAUUACAAUUCUGAUGAGAUUAGUAUAUUACAAUUCUGAUGAGAGUAGUAUAUUACAAUUCGGAUGAGAAAGUAUAUUACAAUUCUGAUAAGAGUAGUAUAAUACAAUUCUGAUGAGAGUAGUAUAUUACAAGUUUGAUGAGAAUAGUAUAUUACAAUUCGGAUGAGAGUAGUAUAUUACAAUUCUGAUGAGAUAGUACAUUACAAGUCUGAUGAGAGUAGUAUAUUACAAUUAUGAUGAACGUUGUUUAUUACAAUUCUGAUGAGAAUAGUAUAUAACAGUUCGGAUGAGAGCAGUAUAUUACAAAUGUGUUGAUAGGAGAAUAUCACAAUUUUCAGGAGAGUAAUAUAUUACAAUUCUGAUGAGAGUAAUAUAUUACGAAUUCUGAUGAAAGUAGUAUAUAACCAUUUUGAUGAGAGUAGAAUAUAACAAUUCGGAUGAGAUUAGUAUAUUAUAAUUCGGAUAGGAGUAGUAUAUUACAAUUCUGAUGAGAGAAGUAUAUUACAAUUCGGAUGAGAGUAGUAUAUUUCAAUUCGGAUGAGAGUAGUAUAUUUCAAUUCUGAUGGGAGCAGUAUAUUUCAAUUCUGAUUAGAACGGUAUACCAUUUCCAAUGAGAGUAUCAUAUUCAGAUCAGAGAAGCAUAUUCUGAACAGGAUCAGAGUAGGAAUACAGACUAGUUUCAGAUUCUGACAAUGCUAUAGAUCAAGAUUCUGACGAGACUAGUUUGAAAUUCCAAUUAUAUAAGUUAAUUUAGAUUCUAAUGGGACUAGUUCAUUAAGAUUCGUAUGUUGUAAUUCUGGUGUAGCCAAUCUUAUUAUCACUCCAGCAUAGGUACUGAUUAUACGUAAUUGGCAAUAUCUAUCCUAAGUUCUGCGUCCAUCUAGUGAUACAUAGAUAUGUCUGCAUUAUAAACACUUUUUACACGUAUAUCCAUUCAUUUCAAAAGCUAUCUGGUAAUACUAUGAUAUACCCUGUCGGGUAAUUUAUGUGAUCCGGACGGGCUACAGACAAGUUUAUGACCGUGUGGAGUUUUCUGCCGUCCAACAUCACCGAUAUAGGUAUAAGGGGCCAAACCUUCGACUCACUUUGACAGCCCUGAGCUUAAUUUAGAAUUUGGGAAAGGUAUACGCGUAAAAUGUUUUAACUAAGAGCCCCAAUCAGUCACGCUAUCACGUGUCAGCUAGUACAACACGCGCAUUCACAGGGUAGGAUAUGCACGUGGUACGUCAAUUUAUAGAGGGAAUACUAUCGACUAUUUGUAGACUAUUUAGACAUGAAUUUUCAUUAUUUUGACCUUAAAUACUACUGAAGAGUUCGUAGUGGACGAUAUGGUAAUAAGGUACAGGAAACAUAUUUUGGCUUUCUCCUUCGACUUCAAAUUCAGCCUUGCUUCGUGGUUUUAGUAAUUUUGUUAAAGUGUAAGAUUUCGGAAAUACACGUGCAUUGAUAUGCUGACUAUUGUUUGAAAUCAACAGCUUAUUUAAUAUAGGUGCCACUCAGUGACUACUUAAAUUGUGGCUUCUUGCACUGUGCCUUUUGAUCAGUGACACAAUACUCCAUUCAGUUCUAUUGGUUUGACAAAAGUCUAAUCAAACUGUAUCUACACAGACACCACGUUUUAAGUAGAAGAAAGUAAAGUGACCCCUAAAUGUUAUACAUAGGACGUCGGAUCAGCUUUGGUAUCCGCAGUGUCCUCAAUUAAAGGGGAAAAGGAAAAACGCGUUUCUGCAUGGAGAGCGUAUAAGUAAGUAAAUGCGAUCAUAUAGUGGCACAAAGCAGGUCAUUGUUUUUAAUGAUAUCCUCGACCCUGUGGAUGUUUUGAGAUUGAGAGCAUUGACGUAUACAAUUGAAUGUAAUUAGUCUGGAGAUGUAUAUCUAUAGCGUUGUAAAAGUCCAGUUAAUGUUAUCUAUUUUCAAUGGUUUCCCCCACAAAUGUAUGCAGCCGCCGUUCAUUGAAUUAACUUCAUUUGAAUAUUUUUAAGAUUCAAUAUUAAUCGCAAAUGUUUGGACUAGUACUAUUUUCGUCGUUUACAAUGUUUAAUAUUUUUGUCUGUUAAGUUAAACACUUGACACAAAAUAUUUUUUUACAAUGCAGUAGUGACCUGACAAGCCUUAUUGAGAAAUAAUUACAAGAAUAAAUUCGGAGCUAAUUGAUCUGGCUAGCAGUUUUUUUCGCAAUAUCAUCUUCAGAUUACAGCAAAAAGAAGGAAACGAAACCGGCUUUGCAUGUACAGUACAAGCGACAUUUAGGUUUAGAUACAAAAUCACAAUUUCCUAUCCUGGUCUUGUGAAUGGAUGAAUGACGUAUGAAGAUUAUGAAAGAUGAUAAAAUUAGGCAAAUAAAUAUAUUUAGUGUUUUGUACACUAAUUUAUGAUA